AUGCGUUGGACAAAAUCUAUGAACGAAAACAAAUUGCGGGCGUACUAUAGGGCGAAAGGGGAAGAAACUGUGGGAAUCGCGUAUAGGGCUCGGAUGCAUUGCUUUUUUGCUGAGCUGGAGCCUUCUAUCCCCGUCAUGGAACAAAACCUGGCAGACCGAGUUCGGUACAUAAUGCGCUCGAAAAUAUUUGAUGAUGCCGAACUCGAACGACUACGACGUGAGGCUAUUCCCUCCCUUCGUCGAAUGAAUCGGCUAUGGCCGGAGAUGCAGCUCCACAUCCGACAGACCAGCAUCCACACGUGGAAGCCGCCAUGGAUCUUCCAAGUUGUGGUGGAUUCGAACGACGAUGAAAUAGUCUCCCACGAAAGAGCAAGUGAGGAGUAUAUUGGAAGAGGCGAUUUUGGAAACGCGCAGCACCCCUUUCAAAAAUCGACCGUGACUUCCCCGCAUACCCCUAAGCAAACGAAAUCGGGCUGUCGUGAUGGCUCUUAA